AUGGCGCCCGCCUCUGCUAACAGCCCCACCGCCGCAGGAGAUGGUCCAAGUCGGUCCGUAUCGCCAUUUUGGAGACCGCCACCACGAGACAGCUCUACUCCAAAGAGAAACAUCACGUCGCCCACAGGCCAUGGCUCAGGUCUUGUUGUUGGCGCCUCAUAUUCGCAUGCGGAUAUGCUCAAGUUUGACUCUUUAAACCUCUCCAACUCAUCUCGACCACGAACACCUCCUUCUUCUUCAGCUAAGAUCCGGAUUCAAGAAGCUUCUCCACCGUCGAGGACCACGCCUGGAAAGAAUGGUUCACCUCCAUACAAGAGCUAUAUCAACUUUCUCUCCAAUACAAACGAUGACUGGAAAGCAGACGAGGACGACAUGAUGGGCUACGAGGAUGACGAUGGGGAUGACUUUGGUUUGCCAAGUUUGUCGAGUAUGAAGAGGAGAACACGGCGCAUUGCCACACAGAACAAGGCCGAAUCAAGUACAUUGUCACCGACAACAGAGGGGCCUCCUAAUGCUCUCUUGGCGAGACGAUACUCAAAUAGUGCCGACAUCGCAAUAGAGCGACCCGCGCCCACAUAUCCCAUGCCAAAAAAGAGUGAGGGGAAGAUUCUUCGGCCUCAGUAUAAAGAAAUCUUAAAAGACCCCGCCAACGCUCUGCACCUCAUCAACUAUCCCACGGUUCCUGCCAAUGCCACUCCCAAGGAAGCCGAUGCCAUAAACUCCCGAAUUACACGUAUUAAUAAGUUUAAGAAGCUGUUACAAGCUUCCACUAUUUCACUGCCUGAUUUGAGGUCACUCGCCUGGUCUGGCGUACCGCAAGAGGUGCGCGCCAUUACCUGGCAACUCCUCCUCAGCUAUCUUCCUGCGAAUAGUGAGCGCCGGGUCGCCACCUUGGAGAGAAAACGGAAAGAAUACUUGGAUGGUGUACGACAGGCAUUCGAGAGAGGAGGGAACUCCGCGACUACUGCAGCCAACACAGCCCCAGCCGGCCGAACAAGGGGCCUGGACGAGGCCAUCUGGCACCAAAUCAGCAUUGAUGUACCCCGGACAAACCCGCAUAUUGAGCUGUACAGCUACGAAGCUACGCAGCGAUCACUUGAGCGCAUUCUGUAUGUAUGGGCUGUGCGACAUCCUGCCAGUGGCUAUGUGCAGGGUAUCAACGACCUUGUAACGCCUUUUUGGCAAGUCUUUUUGGGGAUUUAUAUUGGAGAUCCUGAUAUCGAGUCUGGAAUGGACCCAGGACAGCUCCCGAAGUCCGUGUUAGACGCUGUCGAGGCUGAUUCCUUUUGGUGUCUGACAAAGCUUCUCGAUGGCAUCCAGGACCACUAUAUCGUGGCGCAACCAGGGAUUCAACGCCAGGUUGCUGCUCUCCGUGAUUUAACAGCACGUAUAGACGGCAACCUGUCCAAGCACUUGGAAAAAGAAGGCAUUGAAUUCAUACAGUUUAGUUUCCGUUGGAUGAAUUGUCUCUUGAUGCGUGAGAUCAGCGUCAAGAACACAGUUCGCAUGUGGGACACUUAUUUGGCUGAAGAGCAAGGAUUUUCCGAGUUCCAUCUAUAUGUGUGCGCAGCCUUCCUUGUGAAAUGGUCAGAUAAGCUCCUGAGCAUGGACUUCCAGGAGAUCAUGAUGUUCCUCCAAAGCCUUCCCACUAAGGAUUGGACGGAGAAGGACAUCGAGCUACUCCUGAGUGAGGCUUUCAUUUGGCAGUCCCUUUUCAAGGGUUCUGCCGCACAUCUAAAAGGCCAACCGCCCCGCGAACCUGUUACCAACCUACAGCUGUGA